GCUAGUUCUGGAAAGGACCGAAAACUGUGGUACCUGUGGUACCGGACAGACCGACGGCCGGUUCUGAAGCUCUUUCAUAUGAACUUAUGCCGUCAUGAUGACCAGUCAGAGUUACACCCAGGCUGCUCAACCUGGCCAAGGUACGGACCGUGAUGGUGGCUCCACACAGGUUCCUGUCAGAGUGGACCCCUGCUCUGAGAUGAAUCUGUCAGAACAAGGUCCCAUUCCUCUUCAACAAAUUAUCCCACCAGAAAUGUUAGACCCUUACAGCUUCAGGUCGGAGCACCCUUGUCAGCCCUCUCAGCUGAUGUAUCCAGACUUCCCCGUGGAGACUCACCCGAGUCAGUAUCAAGUCCUCAAUCGUGUUUUGCCCCCUGGUCCACCCACCUGUAGCCAACUCAGCUCUGCCUCCUGGUUUACUGAUGAACCUGUGUGCUCCGGUGCCAUGGCUGGUUUACACAAACAUGAUGUCAUAGACCAUCAGCAGUUUCUGGAGGGACCACCUGAAGUCACUCCUCCAGUCACACAGACUAUGAUGUAUAAUGUCACUGAAGGAGGACAGCUGGUCCUAGUUAACCCCUGUGAACCAGGAUCCAUGUUACAUGCUGUGAGAUAUGUUGAAGACCAUCAAAACUGUGGAAAGACUCCAGGGAAAGAAAGUGUGUUGGAGACUCCGAGUCAGUUUCCUCAGUACCAGCACAGAGCUCGCUGCUUUGAUGAGUGUGGAGAUCAUGCAGACAUCUUUCAGCCCCCUGUCUCAGCUGAGAGAUCUGUUGGGAGCUUCUUCCAGCUUAAAUCCAGGAAACCCUGCCACUGCACCAAGUCCCAGUGCCUUAAACUUCAUGUUUAGAUCGCAACCCCAAGGCCUUCACACCAAAGAUUGCUGCUGGGAGGUCAGGCACGGCCAAAGGACGCCACAACAAAGGCUGUAACUGUAAACGCUCAGGAUGCCUGAAGAACUACUGCGAGUGCUAUGAGGCCAGCAUCAUGUGUACCUCCAGCUGUAAAUGUGUUGGCUGUUGGAACUGUGAGGACAACUCAAUGAUGGAAGCCAAAAAGAUGACAGGACAGGUGAAUGAAAGACGUCCAGCCUCGGUGUUAACCCGUGAAGUGCUGGAGACUGUGUGUGCCUGUCUGCUCGCUCAGGCAGAGGAAUCUGAACGGAAAGGCCAGACCCCUGCCGUGGCUCAGCACAUGAUCCUGCAGGAGUUUGGAUGCUGUCUUUCAGAGAUCGCCAAAGCCUUGUUGAAGUGAACUCCAAACUGACACAUUCAGUGUGGAGACAGAGCGACACUGGUACACUGUUCUUCAUCUGAUCCAUUCUUACUUACUUACUUAUUUAUUUAUUUAUUUAUUGUUUUUUUGAAAAUAGUAAAACUUUA